CUUGGUCCAUAGAUGGUCUGGCUUAACGCUGUUCUUUCCGAAUACCCUGUGGGAGGCAAAAAUGAGGUCUGAAAACCCAUCCCAGAGAUGGUAGAAACGAGGUGUACGCACACACCAGGAGUCACACCACCAUAUUCAGGCAAAUAUACAGGCUUCAUCAUAAUACGGAAAGCAUUUGGCUGGUUGUUGCCUGGACUUAUAUUGCGGCUGGUCCUUAUUGUUCCCUGGGGCUUCUGUCAGUUAUUUAUACUAUUAUGGCAUCAGGACAGCGAAGCACGCAAAACUUGCUAUCUUUGUGAAAUGUUCCCCCCACUUUAUGUGUCCUGGCAUAUGGAAUUGAUUGGCUUCAAACUCCCUAAUCAAAUGUCAAUAGCAGGGAUUGUGGUGGCUUUACGCAGAUACCAAGAGUCCGAGCGUUUGCAAAGAAUCAAGAUAAUCCAAUCAUACCUAUAAAGGUAUAACUGACCAAGAACAAAGCCCUGCUGUCGUAUUUUGGAAAUAAUAUUUUUCAUAACCUCACCUCGGAUUUUCAUUCUCGCUCCGUACCAACAGGC